AUGGCGGCGCCGUGGUUUGCAGAUCUCUUCACGGAUGAGAGAGUGAAGACGCUGUCCAACCAGAUCUCGGCACUUCGGGACAAGGUGUGGGACUUGGAGAGCAAAAGCGCCCAGCUGCUCCGCGAGAAGGGUAAACUGGAGAAGCAAUUGGAGGAGACAAACAAGGCGGCUCAGGUGCUGUCUAGUGAGAAGGAAGAGGUGGAGAGGAGAUUGAAGGGUGAAAAUGAUAAACUUCAGUUGGAGGUUUCGGCGGCUGAGGAAAAAUAUAGCCAGUCCCAAGCGGAGGUUAUGAAGCUCAAAAUGGAGUUAGAUGCACUGGCAGAGGAGAAAGAGGCAGCUACAAAGGCAUUUGAUGCUAAGAAGGCAGAAAUGAUGCUAGAAUUAGAGGAUCUUAAGAGGAGGCUGGAGGAAAUUCAGGCCAACAAGGAUUUGGUGGACACUGAAAAUGAUAAGCUUAGGUCAGAAGUUCUGACCACAGAGCAAAAACAUAGACUGUCGGAGGCAGAGGUUGAGAGGCUCAAGAUGGAAUUGGCUACACUAGUGGAGGCGAAGGAGGAAGCUGCCAAUGCAUUUGAAACUGAGAAGCUCGAAAUCAUGAAGGAAUUGGAGGACCUCAAGUGGAAGGUGGAGGAAAUCCAAGCCAGUAAAGAUUUGGUGAUAGGUGAAAAUGAUAAGCUUCGAUCGGAGGUUGUGACCACAGAGCAAAAACUUAGCUUAUCUGAAGAAGAGGUUGAGAGGCUCAAGAUGGAACUAGAUUCCCUAGCAGCGGUGAAGGAGGCAGCCGCCUUGGAGUUUGAUGCUAAAAAGACAGAAAUCAUGAAGGAACUGGAGGACCUCAACGAAAAAGUUGAGGAAAUCAAGGCCAGCAAGGAUUUGGUUAUGGGUGAAAAUGAUAAGCUUCGGUCAGAUGUCUUGACCGCGGAGCUAAAAUGUAGACUAUUUGAAGAAGAGAUUGAGAGGCUCAAGAUGGAACUAGGUGCACAAUUAGGGUCAAAGGAGGCAAGUGCCAAAGCAUUUAAUGCUGAAAAGGCGGAAAUCAUGAAGGAAUUGGAGGAUCUUAAGAGGGAGGUGGAGGAAAUUCAGGCCCAUAAGGAUUUGGUGAUAGGUGAAAAUGAUAAGCUUCAAUCGAAGGUUGUGACCAUAGAGCAAAAACUUAGCUUAUCUGAAGAAGAGGUUGAGAGGCUCAAGAUGGAACUAGAUGCCCUAGCAGCGGUGAAGGAGGCAGCCGCCUUGGAGUUUGAUGCUAAAAAGACAGAAAUCAUGAAGGAACUGGAGGACCUCAACGAAAAGGUUGAGGAAAUCAAGGCCAGCAAGGAGUUGGUGAUGGUUGAAAAUGAUAAGCUUCGGUCAGAUGUUCUCACUAUAGAGCAAAAACAUAGCUUGUUUGAAACAGAGAUUGAGAAGCUCAAGAUGGAAAUGGUUGCAUUGACUGAGGCCAAGGAGGCAGCUGCAAUGGUAUUUGAUGCCGAGAAGACAAAGAUCAUGAAUGAAUUAGAGGAUCUUAAGAGAGAGGCAGAGCAAAGCCAAGUUAACAAGGAAUUAGCUGAGGAAGCAGUACACAACAAGGAUGCCUUGGCCAAUAACUUGAGAGCUGAGUUAGAGGAGCUCCAUGUUACUAUGUCACAGCUGCAAGCAUCCUAUAACAAACUUGAUGCCAAGCAUUCAGGCUUGACUGAUGAGAAGAAUUCAAUCCAGAAAGCACUGGACACUAAGAAGGCUGAGGUAGCCCUCAUGAAGUCAUACAUUGAGGCACUUGAGAACAACAAUGCUGAAAAGGAUGGGGAGAUUGGAAAACUGAACGUGGCACUAGAGGAGAAGAAGAAGAAACAUGGCAUUCGGGCUAUAUUUUCAUCAACAAUUAGGUGCCUGCCAUCAUGUAUCUCCAAAUGA